AUGGCCUCCAAGCGCAUACCAACGGCCCAAACGGUCGCCGGCGACAAUGACCUCUUGACGGAGAUACUACUCCGCCUACCCAUAAGACCACUCCUCCGUUUCAAAUCCGUUUCCAAACACUGGCUCUCUCUCAUCACCAACCCACAUUUCUGUCGUCGCCGAAGCCGUGCACCAUCUGGCCUAUUCUUGCGCCGGCGUCCGAAUCUCAUUAACCCCGAGUACGAUUUUAUUCCUCUGGAAGACACAAGCCCGACGAAACCCCCCUUUGGAACUCUCACUUUUUCCGAUGAUCGUCAUGGAUUUAAUGCUGACUGCAAGUAUUAUAUCUAUAAUCCUACUACCCACCAAUUCAGUACGCUUCCUAUUCCUUCUGGUCGAGGUUUUUGGUACAGUCGUGGUGUUGGAUCAGUUUAUGCAGUUAAUUUGGCCUUUGAUCCAUCGAAAUCGCCUCACUACAAAGCUGUUUGUGUUUAUAACUCUCAGAUAUUGCCUCUUCAAUUUUCGAUUGAAGUAUACUCCUCUCAAACCGGCCUUUGGAGUCGCUCUGGUGAUCCUUUCAGUUCAGAUGUUAAUUUUGGUCUAGGAGUUUUCUGGAAGGGUGCUAUCAAUUGGGUCAGUCGCCGGGCUGAUUCAUUGUAUUUCGAUGUUGAUGAAGAGCGUCUUGGAAAAAUGCCUAUGCCUCCGCUGCGUGACGGUAGGGAGGAGAGGAGGCUCAGAUAUUUUGGUGAGUCUGGUGACCAUCUUCAUCUUAUUGAGAUCUAUGGUCCUCAUAUGACACAAUUCAGUGUCUACGAGAUGGACAACUGA